GAAAGAUUAUAGGUGUUCUUGCUGAUGUACUGUUCCCAGACUGACACCGCAUUCUCCUUCAGAUUCUGAUUGAAAAUGGCUCAACCGGUGAAUGCUGCUGUGCCAUUUACCGCUGCUCCUGCAGGCGAAGGCCUGAUAACUGAUGACCAGCGCUUCCUCCUGACCGUCAUUUUUGGAACAUACUUCGGGCCUCAUCUCAAAGGGGAAUGGCUGGCCCACAAGUCGGCAAUGCAGAGAGUAGUUGAGAGAUUGCCACUAUACACUCCCAAUCAGCUGGCUGGGUCCAAGAUGAUGGUGGCCCAAAUGCUGCAUGCCUAUUAUUACAUACUCAGGAAGGCCAGUCAAUCUGUGAUAGUGGCCCCAUCUUUGUUGCUUAAGUUCUUCCGCAACACGCUUCCACCCAAAGUGCUCGGUCCUGAGAGCAACUACCCUCGGUUUAUGGACCUCUUUUCGACUGACCUGCACCCUUGUUCAGUUGUUGAGGAGCGACUUAUGGCGAUAGACAACAUUGUCUUCAUCAUCAACCCGAGCACCACUUACCUCAAGGAAGAGGUUGUUGCAAGAUUUAAGAGUUUGACUGGGCUGCAGGAAUUCGUUCUUGAGAAAGACGCGGCCAAGCUACCCGUUUAUGUCACCGACAAGUCGUUCUAUGAAGUGGUAGCACGAGAGGCGCGUUCAGAGGGACAUUCUCGUUUUUUCAUUCCUCCUCAGGGUUCUCACCGAAGAAGAUGCAAAAGUAACGUGGCUCUAGAUGUAAAGCCUCUUCAAAUGGUUCCACAUGAAGGCUCACCCUCCUCAACGUCGGCAUGGUUCUCUGGAGUAUGCGACACCUACUUGAAAGCUCAACUUGAUCCCAAGGUGGUGUUUUCUCCACUCAGUAUGACGGAGGUGCAAUCUCACAGUGCUGUGGCCGCCUGCAGUGCUGGAGUCGGAGUGGUUGGGAAUGCAGACGUUGGGCGUACAGGAUCCACCACCUGGCGUGUGAACCUUGUGGAGUCCAAAGACUGUUACCUGUUCCAGGUGUCACUUGCAGGGGUCAGAAGAGAUCAAACAUUUAGUUGUGAAUAUGACAUGGAUGGUGAGGUCUUGAUUGGAGGAGAGAUAGCAACGGGUGGGAAGGUGGUUGAGAGCAGAACAGGAGACCUUUAUCCACCCGGACACUUCUCUCUCUGUUUUCAGCUUCCCGGUCGUGUCGAUCCCAUGCGGUCCAAUUGCAACUUUGGCUCAGAUGGGAUCUUUGAAGGAGUUGCUGAGACUUACUUCAGACCAGAUCUCCAAGAAGAGAAGAUCUACAUAUUGGCAAAGCAGAGAGUUGUUGAGAAAUGGCUGCUAUAUAGUUCCGGUCAGAUAGCCCGGUCCUUGACAGUGUUGGAGGAUUUUCCUUUGGACAAAGAUGCUUCUAUGCUACCCAUUUACAUCAUCAAUGAUGAAUUCCAUGAAGCAUAUUGGCGUACUUUGCCAGAUUUAGCUCAGUCUCCACAGGUUAAGAAGCUAAUUGCUAUGUUUCCUGUGAGCUCUACAAUUAAAGAAAACAUAGCGCGGAACUUCCAUUUUAUAGCAGCUUAG